AUGCAAAACGUUAAAGCUAUCAAUUCAGACUGCACGAAAUCCGCCUUUGCCAAACUCUACGGUUCCCGAUGGCAGUUGUCCGAUAUGAUUAUGGUCCGCCCUUUCCAAGACGUGAUCCUCACUCCCGAAAGCCAAACGCAGCUGCUUGCACCUGACGAGGGAAACUUGCACGAAAUAUCUCCCGUGGAUGGUCCGGCUGUUUUUCUGGACAUUCUGGCGCCCCCUUACGACCAUGAUUUGGGCACAAGAGAGUGUAGAUUCUACAAAGAAAUUGUCCUACCGCAUCAGAUUUACGCAAAGACUUCAUUCAACGGGGACACAUCUCAGACCCACACGAAUCCUCAUGCUUACUCGGACGAUUCGGCGUCCACAACGGCUACCGAGGUUUUUGAUUCUGACGAUCGGCAGCGCAUUGACAAUGACGGUUCGCAAUCACCUUUUACGUAUCUGAUAGAGACUAACCAGCCGCAAGAUUACUGGUGUGAGGCUGCUGAAUAUGCGGGGCCAAGCGUCGUUUGA